AUGUCUCUGUUGAUUGUUCUUAUACGAAUAACGGGGUUCAUCUUGUUUUUUGUGGCACUUCUGCGUGUGAAGAAGACACGUCUUCGUCAUUUGCCAUCACGCCGCACCCGUGUGUCGCGCCACCAUGGGGAGACAUGCGUCUGGCUCGAGCGCCUCACAAGUGCUGUUCUGGACAUGCUGCAAGUGGCGCUGCAGCAGGAGGAGGCGGGAAGUGCGGAAAGAGAACAGCGUCAGCGACGGCACGCUCCGCCGGGGCAAGAAUCGUCGCCCCCUUCCUUUCGCAACAAGAACCAUGGUAGCAACUGCAGUGGUGAUAGCGCGACUAGCAAGGGGAUGCCACGGCGAAUGCUGAGCGUGCUCGAAGAGCGUGUGGAGGCGCUGCUGGAGGACCGUGGCAUUGCGGCGUAUGCAAUGUGCAAGGUUCACUCAAUUGGUCAGGAGUCACCAAUCAUUCGCGCUAUUCGCGUGACGAAACUCGCAGGGGCAGAGUUGAAGACGGCCGUCCAGCCGGGGUUGUCAGCAGCUGCAGCUGCCACUGCUUCUGCUUCUGCCGGUGGUGGUGGUGGUGGUGGUGGGAAUAUUGGUGGUGUUGCGGGGGGCGCAACAGGGAGUGGCAACGUGGCGGGGGCACAGAAGGGCAAGACUCGUGUCCCGCAUCCCAGCCUCUACGGCGCCGAUGAUAUGGUAGACAUGUGGCGCAGCGAUUCCUUCUUUGAAGAGUCAGCAACGUCGGUAGGCGGCGCGACACUUCCAGCGUCUGCUGUGGAGCUGGAGGCGGAGGUGGAGUAUGCUGGUGGCUUGGAUGUCUCGCUGGAGGCCGAUAUUUGCCUGGCGCGUGGACGGCGCCUUCCCGUGUUGAUUCGUGUAAGUGAUAUUGAGUACAUCAAGGCGCAUUUGCGUGUUCGCGCGAAACUUCAGCACGAGCGUGCGACGAUGGAUGAUCAGAGCAGGCCGUACCUGCACUGCACCGUGUGGUUGGAGUCGGAGCCGACAUUUUCUCUCAAGAUGACCACACUCCUUAGUAGGUUCCGCAUCUGCAAUUUCUUUGCAGUGCCUCUGGUAGUCAAGUUUCUACUACUGCGCUUUGUGCGUCACCGCAUGAUGCGACCUGGCGGUGCUGGCGUCACGGUUCAGAUUCCCCUUCCAGAGAAUAUUGUCGACGGUGGUGUGCAGCCCUGGUGCACAACACUCAAUGAUGCAACGACAAAGGCAAGUUCUGUCAAUGGCUGUAGUCUUUCCCGU